UCCGGGGCGCGGCUGCCCCGCCCAUCGGCCCGGGCGCUGUUCCCGGUUGGACGGAGCUUGCGGCGCGCCGGAAGUGCCGCGAGCGGCGCCAACCGGGAGCGGAGCGGGGCGGGAGGAGCGGGAUGAGCAAAGGGCGCGAGGCCGCGGCGGGCGGAGGCGGCGCCGCCGCCGUCCUGCUGCGGUACCUGCGGGAGCAGAACCGUCCGUACAGCGCCCAGGACGCCUUCGGGAACCUGCAGCGGGAGCACGGGCUGGGCAAGGCGGCCGUGGUGAAGGCGCUGGAGCAGCUGGCGCAGCAGGGCCAAGUGCGCGAGAAGGCCUACGGGAAGCAGAAGAUCUACUUCGCCGACCAGGUGAGCCCCGGCCGCGGGCGCCCUCUGCCCGCUCCAGCCCUCCCUGACCACCGCUCCCCGCAGGAGCAGCUCCCGGCCGCCAGCGAUGCCGAGCUCCGCGGGCUGGACGAGGAGAUCACUGCCCGCUCCGCACAGCUGCAGGCGCUGCAGCAGAGCUGCCGGCAAAUGGAGGCGGAGCUGAAGGACCUGAACAGCUCCAUGACAACCUCCGAGAUGGCCAAGGAGAUCGAGGCGCUGAGGAAGGACUGUGCCAGUUACACGGAGAAACUGGAGAGGAUUAAAUCUGCCACCAACCACGUGUCUCCAGAGGAAAAGGAGAAGGUGUGCCAGGAGCAGCAGCUGUACCGCCGGGAGUGGCGCCGGAGGAAGCGGAUGGCCACCGAGCUGCUGGACGCCAUCCUGGAGGGGUACCCCAAGAGCAAGAAGCAAUUCUUCGAGGAGGUCGGGAUAGAGACGGAUGAGGAGCAUGGCGUGGUGCUGCCAGCGGCCCUGUGAGGGGCUGGGGGAGCCUUCGCCCCGGGGAGAAGCUGCUGCUGUGGAGCUGCUGCUGAAACUUGGCUGUUGGGUUGUUCUGUUUCUUUUUUUGCAGGACCUGGGUUCAUCCCGUGUAUUUAUGUGUUUAAAAAUUCUUUUGCAGUUGGAAGGGUGGUGGGUGGGAGAGACUUGGCACUGGCCCUCUCCUUGCAGAGGGAUGUUGUUUCUUCCUGCCCCUCAGCACAGGGAGCUGCCAAACUGGGGUCCAGUGGGGCUGAGGAGAGGUGUGGGGGCACUGGUGCUGUGUCCCUGCUGUUCUGGUAAGAAAAGGGAUGUGGGGGAGGUGGGGGUCACUGGUGCUCCAGUAUGGAAAGAGUGAGGGACUGUCAGGGCUGCAGAGCUCUGUGUGUGACCCAGCCCGUUCUCGCCCUGUGCCUGAGUGGUCACACAAAAAUAUGAUCCAUUAAACACCAGAAUUUU